AUGCUUCAUUAUAUUUUCAAUUAUUUUAUAACGAUUUAAAUAAUAACCACUAAUCAAUAUUUGUUUAAUAAUUAAUUAUAAAAUCAAAAAAAAUAAUAAAUAAUAUAAAAAAACCUUUUGCUUGCAAAUAAUCUAAAUACUAUUGAUUUCGUGAUUAAAUAAAUGGAAGACUAGAACAAUAACAAUAACAACAACAACAACAAAAAUCCCAACAAAAAGGACAUUCCUAAAAUUGGACCUAAGCUCUAAAACAAUAAAUAAUGCAACAAGAAGUCACAAAACAGUGCUUUGAUGUUCCUUUCUACCUCUAAAAUGGAACAAGAGGAAAUCUUAAAAGAAAAAAAGCUAGAGAAGGCUAAAAAGAACUUAAAGAUUGGAUUCACUAGUGGAUAAAUUAUCUGCGAAAGCUAAAUUGAUAAAGAGAAUUUCAUGGAGGAUGAUAAAUAAGAAAUUGCCUUUUAUGAAGAGCAAUAAAACAUAAUGGAGGAAGACGAAGACGAUUCUUUUGAUAGUGAGGAAGGAAAUUAACAAAUUGGCUAACACUUUAAUAGCGAUAAACUUCGUGAUAGAUAAUGGAGGUACAAUUAACUAUAUGGAGAUUAUGAGGAUUUAAAUCUCCUCAAUCAAGAAGUUGAUUUAUCUAAUUGCCUCAAGAACCAUAAAAUUCCUUCAAUUCUAAGAUCUAAAAUGGUUGAUUGGAUGAUUGAAGUUUUUGGUAAUUACAAGCAAACAUCUUCCGAUAAAACCUACUUUCGUGCUGUUGGUCUUCUUGAUUUAUUUUUUAAGAAAUAAACAAAAAAACUUGUUGAAUCAGAUGUUCAUUUAUUUGGUAUUGCAGCUAUGUUCUUAGCCACAAAGCAAGAAGACAUUUCUCACAUCAGUCUAGAUGAUAUUGUUGAAAAAGUUGGACACAACAAAUUUACUGAGAAAAAGAUAAGAGAAGCAGAAUAUGAAAUUUUAAGAAUUGUUGAUAUGAAAAUAGAUUUCCCAACAACUCAUACUUAUCUGAAUCGCUAUUUAUAUAAAAUAUUCUCUUCUGAAACAAACCAAACAAUUUUAUAGCUAACUCACUUUUCACUCUAUAUUUUGAAGUAAUGUGUUCAUGAUGACAAAUUAUUAGAUUACAAAUCUCACAUACUAGCUUUCUCGGCUAUAGUAGUUUCACUAAAAGUUUAUUUUUCGAAUUUAAAAGGCGACAGUAUUUCUCCUUAUAACGAUUUGAUUUAACAAGAAGUUUAAAUUAUGGAGAAAAUGUUUGAGCUUAUAUCCUAAUCUGAACAUUAAAAUGCUAAAGAAUGCAUUUAAAGGGUUAAUAACUUUGUCUUUUCUUUUAACCAAAGGUAUCCUGAACUUAGAAAUCUCGAGAAAUUCCACUAUUGA